CUAGACCUCUUGUCACAACUCGAAGCACAACACUUUUAUCAAGGAACGUGCCAGGUAUAAAAAAUUACGAUUCUUUACGACAGAGUUUACAAAUUAAAGACAGAACUAUAAAAAAAUUAACUGACUUAAACCCAAAUAUUAGUGCACGUAAAAUCCAAGAAAAAUCAGAAACCACAAGGUCAGAACGCGUACUAUUGUAAAUGAGUGACAAAAGAGUAAGCUGACUACAAAGUUAAGCCAUGAAAAAACGGGACAUUAAUAAAAACGAUAUUUUUUUAAAAAACGACCAGCCUAUAAUUCCCACAGUGAUUUAUGGCAAGGAAGAACGGUUUCUUAGGAAACAAAAUCAAAAUGAAAUAAACGAAUCGAAAUACGGACAUGUUUCUCUUUCCACAGACCUCCGCAAUGUGGAAGAAUACAGUGCUCAUGUUUGCCUCGAUGCUGUUGUUUUCCAUAACCCUCCAAGUGAUGUCAAAGGAAAGGUGUCCCAUAAAAACUAAUGGCUGCAGUGUCCCUGGACGGCUUCCGUUCUUCUACAAGAAGACAUUUACCCCUGCUUGCGAUAAGCACGACGUUUGCUACUCCUGUGUAAGAAUUGCAUAAUCAGUCGUUGUCCAUUCGAGUUCGCUAUGACCGCUGAACUAAAGAAGUGAAGACGCAUUUUUUUUACAGGCUUAGCCUCUAUCUGAAGUAAUAUAUUCACAAAUUCCAACGAGAAAAAGACCUGUUUAUUACUCUGUCUAUUGUGUAUACAGCUAUUUCAAGAAAGGUUGUCGGAAAAAGUGCACGCGACAAUCCCGAAAGGUAUUGUGGGUGACUUUGAGUUCACUGUUUUCCAAAGAAUUUUCAAAGAAUGGCACGAGACGCCAUGGACGUAUGUUUGCGAGUGCUAAAAGAAAGCAACAAAAGUAGAUUCGACAGCUAUAGUGUCAGGAACAGUGCAUUGAUCAUAUCCCAUAUUACCUUUCAGGAUUGUCACGUGCACAGUUUUUCCGACAACCUUUCUCGAAAUAGCUGUAUUCAAAUUUCAAACACUUACUUGUCGGAAUUUCUGAAUAUUUUACUUUACGUCGAGGCUAACCCUGUAUAAAUGUGCCGUUAAUGUUUGCAUUCAGCGGUAAUUUUUAAUUCGAAACUGGACUGUUUACACGUCAACACAGGUUCCCAAAUUUGGGCAAAUCGUACGCAAAAUUCAGGGUUGGUACAUUUUGUCCCGGAAUAGCUUUUACCGUUUGCACAAACAAGUUCCAGUUACCAAAGAAAUACUAAUAGGAAAACAUUUUUAGACGCUCCCUUCCUUCCAGAAAUUUUUCGCUGGAACGACGCAAAAUGUCGUGUUCUAUUUUCUUUCCAACUGGACUUUCCGGAAACUUUUUGUAAAUGGUAAACACUCAGUUAUCUUUAUCAUGUUUUCGUGUUUUAACUAUUUAUUCGAAAAGCCAUUUAUCUGAAAAUCUAGAUCGAAAUAAUCCAUCCUUUUAACCAAACAUAUAAGCAGAGGGAAUACAUAAGCAAGAAAACAUUAACGCGAACAAUCAGAACAAAGAGGGACAAAGACUUGCUAAAUUCAAGAUGGCGCGCUAAGCCACUACAUUUUUCAUCCAAAACAUUUCCUCAUAGACCUAUUCGGCUAACUCAAUGUUGUACCCAAUUCAAAUCUCCCAGGGUUAAGAUUCUUUGUGUAUUGUAUUUGCAUUAUAAUGCGGCAUUCACAUUUAAAUGUAUGGAAAUUCCUGAAACAAAAAGUUUUAUUCCCAAAGGGUUUGAAUUGGGUACAACAUUGAGUUAGCCAAAUAGGUCUAUUGGCCUAAUUGCCCCGGAUAAUCGAAUAAUUGUUCAUCAUCGUUAUCGUUUAAUACCGCUAUUGUUAUUCUCAUUAUUCUUAAUAAAUAUUUGUAUCUCUUUGCAGUGACUAAACACAUCCUUGAUUUAAAAUCAUUUUCCCACAGGGUCAGCGCUUUGGUUGGACUCAAAAUCAGUGUGACCGUAGAUUCGAAAGGGAUAUGUAUAGGCUAUGUAAAAAGGAGCACGGCUCCAAGAAACGCUGGUUAUUCUCCUUUCCUUCAAAGUAUCAACGGUGUAAAGGUUUUGCGCGUUUGUACUACAGAGCAGUACGUACGUUUGGCAAGUAUUACUGGUCAGAUCCAUCCGAGCGCUGGUGCAGCGAAGGCUGUACUAGGGCUCUUGGGAAUCCUUUCAAGCCUCUGAACAUUUAAGAUGAGACUGGAAAUGCCAACUGUAUUAGCUUACAGCAUGAAAUCGUAAAAAAGCAAUCGCAAAAUUUAGCUGGCAAAUGAAAAACACGCGUAGUCCAA